AUGGGUCAGGAUACAUUUUACGAGCUUACAAAGCGUUCCAUUCCAGUAACGAAAAAUACUGGAACUGGUCUAUCAUGCCGGGAUUCAGUUAUAACGGUGCGCACAGACAAGGGUAUGAAUUUCUUAGACUUCUCUUACGAUCUACACUGUCAUUACAAAGACCUCGACCUUUACGAAUUCUCAAUACCUAGCCCGAAAAAUAGCCCUGCAAUGUCUUUAUGUAAGAGUAAGUUUAUAAACAAUGAAAUGAAUAAUUAUGACUACACCGAAAUGUUAGUUGAUUCCUCGUUUUGGCCUCACAACAAUACUCUGACUGAAGAGAUGACACACAUUAUUAAGUCUGCAUGGUCUCCACCAAAUUUUAUUGAAAAUAAGAGUGUUCUCUCAAUUUUGAACAAUAUAGGCGGUGUAGAAAUGUUUGUACAACAGCAAUACCAAUUUAAAACUGUAUUAGACUUGUCAACCUACUGUAAAGAGAGUUUAGACCAUAACCCAUCACCAAAGACAUUUGAAGAGUUAAAGGCGUCUGUGUACCUUGUCGAAACAUGUUCUAUUUGUUGGGCACCGAAAUUGAAUACUGAUCGCUCAUGUUACUUUGUGACAGCACAGAAGGAUGGUUGUAUUUUAUUUUGGCAAAUUUUUAACACAGAGCCACCAAUACUGAAAGAAAAAGUUAAAACAUGCCUGUCAGUAAUAAAGAAUAUGCUUUGGAUACCACGCACAGAGACCACGUUUCGGCUUGUAUGUGCUAAUAUUUUAGGACAAGUGAACGUUUUUGUUAUGCAGACUGUAAAUGGGGAUAUCAGUUUCCUGCAUCCACACCUAUUAUGGGAGUAUAAAGAUAGAAUGGUAGCUUCUCAUCUCCAGUAUAUAAAUCACAAGGAUGGAUUGAUACUUUUCUAUGGUAAACAUAGGCAUUUGAUUGUUCAACUUGUUGAUGCCAAUUUUAGAGUGAUAACAGAACAUAUGGAAAAUGUUAAUGACUACAGAAUCGCCAACAUAAAAGGAGCUAUAGAUGGGUAUUAUUUAUCCACAGUCAACGUUAAAAUAUAUAAAUUAGAUAUAAGCCUAUUGGGACAGACUCUCAAUGUUGAAUUGUCUCCAGUUGACCUCAAAGAGUCUUAUAGCACUUAUGAACUCUAUAGUUUAUGUUUUUCAGAGACAGGCACAUUGUGUAUGUUAGGUAUGGUAGAUAGAAGACAUCUGUGCAGAAAGGAACCACUAAAAGUGGAAGUUAUAUUUCUUAGUACUGAUGCUAAGUUAAAUUCAAUAAUGACUUUAUUGCUUAAUAAUCCAACUGAACAGUUGACCAAUUACUGGGACUGCAUAGAAGCGUUGAGGUAUAACAUCAUUAAAACAAAAUCAAUGCCUGAGUUAGAUUAUGAUUCACUAUACCGUCAAGGAUCUAAUGAAAUAUAUAAACUGAAAAUAUAUUUGAUUGUAUUGAUUUUUUUUCUAAAUAUGCAGAAAAUGGCCCUGAUUUCUUCAGAUUUUACUCUACCAGAAUUAUCAGUAGACAAAGUAAAGGAAAAAAUAUUAUUUUUACAUGCACAGUCCAAUAUAGGAAGAUUAUACAAAAAAUAUCAAAAAAGUGGUGAACUGACAAAGCUUGAAAAAGAAUCUCUAUUUGGUUCCAUCAGCUAUUUGGAAUAUUGUGCAAAGAAUUAUAAAUCUGAAGUUGUGGUAGACCAAAAUAUAUUGAAAUUUGGGAAGGAAAACAAUUUUGAGUAUCUGUGUCAAAGUUGUGAUAGCACAAUAUCUGAAGGUUUUAUGUGUAAUAGUGGACAUUUAAACAUGUACUGUGUGUUAAGUUUUGUGCCAAUAACGGGUGAUGAUUAUUUAGUUUGUAAAUGUUGUGACUCUACUGCACGGACAGAUUUAAACAUAGACAAACUUUUGUGUGUGUUUUGUGACCAAUGUUUAAUUAAACCUAAUUAA